AGAAAGUUCUCUCCUCAUGUAGCGAGUGUGUUGGGAAGCCUGUCAGUGUUUGUGAGCGUAGGGCUGAAGGAGAGCAAGAGGGGCAUCAGCGGGUGAUGGAUCCAAUCCCAAUCUCGGCCAGAUUUUGCUUGCAACAGCUCCUUCAAACACCGGGACGGCUCUCGUUUCCUCAACAAACAGCUUUCUGAACACAUUCACAGCCACACACACAGGUGUGUGUGUGGCGCACAUUACCUGAUAUCUGUGCCAGAACAGGAAUUGGGCUUUAUUUGUGCACUAGUUGAUCCUUUCCAGGGAUAUUGCAGGAACGUGCCAAGAAAGAGACGUUUCCGUCUUCAUCCUGGGUUUGCGUGUGUGUGUGAGAGAGUGUGUGAUGUGUGUGUGAAUGGGGCUCGCCAUGCGUCCUCACAGGCUGACUCUGCUGCUCUGCUUUGGCUUUGCCCUCUGCCUCUGUCUAGCCGUGGCUCAGCAGCGCUCCGCCAUCGUCCGAGGGGGUUCAGAGCGGAUCAAAGUACUUUUCACCCCCACCAUCUGCAGGCUGCGCUGCACGCAGGGACGCUGCACCAACUACUGCGAGCGUGGAAAUGUCACCACUAUCUACAACAGCGAGCAGGCAGGACAGACGCCACCUGGAUCCGGCUUCAGAGUGUUCGUGUGUCCGAUGUUGUGUAAGAACGGAGGAGUGUGCGUACAGAAGGAUCAAUGUCUCUGCCCGCCCAACUUCACUGGGAAGUUCUGCCACAUCCCCGUCUCCACCAAUCACAUCGAGAGACCGGCGACGAGUGCUGGCGAUUCAUCCAAUCAGCCGAUGACAUCUGAGUACAUACUGCCUCUGCAGACGCCGGAGCAGAUCAACACCAAUGUGUCCCCCAUGGUGAAGGUACGAGUCCGGCACCCUCCAGAGGCCAGUGUGAAGAUCCACCAGGUGCUGAAGGUGGGUUACGGCUCCACCGUCCAUGAGCACUCGGAAACCGUGACCUGGUCCGCGGGGCUCUCGGGGGCCCGUCCUCACCAGCUGCCGGGAGAGAGAGCCGAGGCGCCGCCGCCGAGGGUUCAAGCCCAGACCAUACGCGGCGAUUCAGUCUACACCGAGACGUCCGGCUUCAAAUACUGCUUCAGAGACGUGCGCAAUGGACAGUGCAGUUCUCCGUUACCUGGUCUGAGGAGUCAGGAGAUGUGCUGCAGGGGUGUUGGGAAGGCCUGGGGCAUCAACGAAUGCACGCUCUGUCCUGCCGUCUUAGGAAACACUGUUAAUGGACAGGGAAGCUGCCCGAAAGGCUUUGAGAGGGUCAACGGGACGCAGUGUGUGGAUAUUAACGAGUGUUUGCAACCGGGUUUCUGUGAAAAUGGGAACUGUGUUAACACCCGAGGGAGCUACAGUUGUGUCUGCAAAGAGGGCUACUUAUUGGACGCCUCUCAUGGGAUCUGCAUCUCGCAGAAGGUGAUCUCGGAGGAGAAGGACCAGUGUUUCCGUAUCCUGAACCAGGGCUCCUGUUCUCUGCCCAUCCUGAAGAACAUCACCAAACAGAUCUGCUGCUGCAGUCGAGUGGGCAAAGCCUGGGGCAAGAGGUGUGAGUUAUGCCCAUACUUCGGCUCAGCUGCCUUCAAAGAGAUCUGUCCUGCUGGACCGGGCUACCAUUAUUCCGCUUCGGCUGUCAAGUUUAACCAGAGGCUAGCCAAGAUGCUUGACACCGGCGGGCCGCCCCUGGUCUCCGAAAAUGGCCACACAUCCACCAAGGACACAGUAUCCCAACCCGAAAGCUCCAGGACUCACUCUGUAAUCUCACAGUCAACCCGAAUCCAACAAGUGCCAUAUUCGCCGACCAACACGCAGACCAUCCGAGUCCAGCACAGUCCUACAAGACCACAGCAAGCUGACACGGGUUCACAGACCGGUUCGGUAAUCAUUAUAACUCAACCAAAACCAAACAUGUCAACAAGUGGUGGCUCUCAAACCACAAAUGCCAGACCUCAGCAGCAUUCCAGCGUCCGUCCUGGGAGCGCGGCCACCGCAACCAGCCAGCCGGCCAGAGUGAACACACCUGUUGUACGGACACAAACCAGCCGGCCCUCGGUUAACAGACAGCCGGUAGCACCAGUCAGACCUCCUCCUGUACCGGCUACAACCCGACCACUUCCAACUAGACAAGAUGGCCGAGUGUGUGAAUCGAGACCUCAGGUGUGCGGUUCGGGGCGCUGUAUUGACCUGCCAGGCGGUCGACACACAUGUGUGUGUAACACUGGAUAUAUCCUUAACCCUCAGCAGGGCCACUGCCAAGACUUAAACGAGUGCCUGCUGACGCCCCGGCCGUGUUCUGUGGGUCAGUGUGAGAAUACAGCGGGAAGCUUCCGGUGCGUUUGUCCAUCAGGAUACCAGACCAACUCCCAGCAGACCCUGUGUGUCGAUUUGGAUGAGUGCCGUCAGGUUCCCAAUCCCUGUGUUAACGGCCGCUGUGAAAACACACUGGGCAGCUUCAGGUGUUUGUGCAGGACUGGAUACAAGCUACAGGACAACAGCUGCAUAGACAUAGAUGAGUGUGUCGACCCCCUGCGCUGUCCGGGUCAGGAGUGUGUGAACUCUCAGGGCUCUUACAGGUGUGUCUCCUGCAAGCCGGGCUUUGAUCUGCUCAAUGGACAAUGUUCAGAUAUUGAUGAAUGUCGCCGGACGCCGUCACCCUGUCCGGAUGGCCGCUGUGAAAACACACCAGGCAGCUACAGAUGCUCAUGUCGAACAGGAUACAGAUUCCAGGUCAACACCUGUGUGGAUGUGAAUGAGUGUGAGGAUCCAUCCCAGUGUCCCGGACAGGAGUGUGUGAACUCUCAGGGAUCGUAUCGCUGUGUGUCAUGCAGGCCUGGAUUUAGCCUUAAAAACAGAGCAUGUUCAGAUAUCGACGAAUGCCGUCAGACGCCGUCUCCUUGCUCUAACGGACUGUGUGAAAACACGCUUGGCAGCUUCAGGUGUGUGUGCAGAACCGGCUACAGACUGCAGGGCGGCUCCUGCACAGAUCUGAAUGAGUGUGAGGAUCCAUCCCAGUGUCCCGGACAGGAGUGUGUGAACUCUCAGGGAUCGUAUCGCUGUGUUUCAUGCAGGCCCGGAUUUAGCCUUAAAAACCGAGCAUGUUCAGAUAUCGACGAGUGUCGCCAGACUCCUGAUGUGUGUGUUAACGGCCGCUGUGAGAAUAACAUGGGCAGCUACAGCUGUGUGUGUCGCCCUGGAUUCAGACUGGAGAGAAACAUCUGCACAGACGUGAACGAGUGUGAAAAUGAGCUUCAGUGUCCAGGAAAAGAGUGUGUGAACUCGGUCGGCUCCUUCAAGUGUGUCUCCUGUCAGCCGGGCUUUGAGCUUCUUGACGGCCAAUGCCAAGAUAUAGAUGAAUGCAGUCAAAACCCCACGCGCUGCACUAAUGGCCAAUGCAUGAACACUCCUGGCAGCUUCAGGUGUGUGUGUGACCUGGGCUUCAAUCUACAGGACGCCACAUGCACGGACAUUAACGAGUGUCUGGAAGGAGAUUUCUGCUUCCCGAGCGGAGAGUGUGUGAACACGGACGGAUCGUAUAAGUGCGUUUGCGCGCAGGGCUACAAGAGCGCCGCUAACGGGACGUCCUGCCAAGGUAUGACCCCAAAACGUGUCGGGAAUGUUAUAACGUGACCGGUGUUUUUCUCAGCCACCUUGGAUUUAGCUUUGGACCUUGUCUUUAGGGAGUAGUUUCU